CAAUAGGGUCUGCGGAUCGCGAUGAGGCAAGGGCCCGCAUAAUUAAUCACCCAGAAACGUACUCCGUGAACAAUUGCUUUAUUGAAACUGUUCUAGUCGACAUUUCAACGCUCUUCGGAAGACCAUACCCUCACAGCUUACGGCAAAAUGAGAACUACGCUACUUGUGGCUGCUCUCUCUGGAGUGAGUAGUGUGAGCGCUACCAUCAAUGCCGCUGCGGUCCGGUCGCAAACACCGUACAGCUGCAACGCCGUUGGUGGUGUGGGUGUUACUUUCGCCGAGGACAUGAGCACCAUGCACGCAAAUUUUCCAGAUCUACACCUAUACGUUGACACGCCAUCCCACGGCUUCCCCCCAAGCUACUCGAUUAUGUAUUGUAUUGCAACAGUCGAGUUCAGCGAGCCGGACUUUGGCGCAGGCAACAGACAAACUCGUUUCGCUAUCGCCAAUGUGACUUGGUCGAACAGCAACCUCACUCUGGAGAAGGGUGAUAAUUUCGACACCUUGGGGACGAAAAUUGAUUUGAAUAUUGAGGUGUCGAAUAGAACCAGCCCAGUUCACUAUCCGAUUGGGAAAGACCGGUAUUCGGCCAACCUGGUCAAUCUGAAUGUGAACCCAGCUGUUGGCGUAGAUGAACCCUUCACUGGUGAAUUCAAGCUCACGGCUCAGAAUCCAAACCCAACUUUCACACCGUGCUUCCUUGGUCGUUCCGCUCAUGCUCUCAAAUUUGAAUUCGACAUUCUAGCUGAAACAGUAAACGGUGGUGUCAGCUCUAACGGCUGGAACAUAGACUUUGGUCUCAUUUACGAGGAAUGUCACUGGACUCCAGAGUCAGAUAAUUGGGGAACAACACGGAUCCGAGACUGGGAGAGUUGCAUAUACCGGGAGGCCAGCAACCAGACAAGCAUUAAGAGGGGUCUCCGCAAGAUCCAUUGAAUAUUAGAGUCUGCUUUGAAACAGACUAUAUUGACUCGAGCAUGAAACUACGAAUAGCUUCCACCAAGCUUUCUAGGUCGAGUCUUCGUAGAUCCGAGAAAAUACUAGCGUGUGAUUUAAUUUUGCUCAGACAAUGACCUUUAUAUUUGAAUUUGGUCGAAACAACGGCGUGAACUUACAAGUCCCCCUUUCUUCUCUCCACUGCCCUUCACAGAAGCCCAAGACAAACCAGAAGGCUUGGGAGUUUUUAUAUGCAUGUUGGAAUCACCUAGCAGUUUGAACAUUCCUACCGAUAGCCAUGUGGCCAAGAUU